CAAUGGAAGCUCAUUAUUCAGACAUGGACUUGCACUGGCAUUGCUUAUCAUAACAUAAACUGCAGUUGUCAGAGGUCGAUAGCAUGGUUGAGCAAAGUUUAGUGACUCAUUACAAAUAUUUAGUUUCCUAUCGAUGUAAUGCUCUUAACAAGUUUGUCUAUUCAAAGAGGAUCAUACUCGACCUACAGUUGAUAAAUGAUUUAUUCCGUGUGCGACAUUCAAUGUCCGUCCAUACAUUUGAUUACACACCCAAAUAAAAGGUGUAGAUGACAAUGACGCAUUUCCUUACUUUAAUUCUCAACAUGUAAUCAGUAUUGUUCAUGUCAAACACUGAUGACUAGUUAAGUAGGCAUAUAUAUAUAUAUAUAUCCUGGUUUAACGUUUGUCAAAGUGCUAUAUUACCCAUCCCUGAACUCUUUCCCUUGCAGUCUGAGGUGAACAUUACUUAUGUGUUCUUUUGGGCACCCUCCCCUCCCCUCUCCUCCAAAAUGCGCUCCCUGCCACAGAUAUAAAACUCACAGGAUGCUUGCUGUCAAACACAGUUGCGAGCACAGAACAGUCAUUCAACGAAACCAUCUCCAGUCUUCACAAAAUAAAAUGCGCCCUAACGCAGCGAUGUCUCUGGGUAUGCUGGCCGUGUACUUGCUGAUAUGCAUGUCCAAUCUGAUGGCCGCGUAUCCAUCCAAACCCGUCAUUCCCGCAGAAGAUGCGCCUGUGGAGGACUUCGCCAAAUACUUCUCUGCACUCAGACACUACAUCAACCAAAUCACUCGACAGCGGUAUGGGAAAAGAUCCAGCCCUGAUAUGGUGUUCUCUGACCUGCUACAGAGGGAGAGCACAGAGAGCGUCCCACUAGCAAGCUAUGGAAGAUAUGAGGAUCUACCGUUGUGGUGGUGAAGCCAGUGUAUUACGGACUUCCAUACCAGUCCCUUUCAACAACACCACACUGCCUGUUUGUCACAGCACCACAACAACACCACACUGCCUGUUUGGUCACCGCACCACAACAACACCACACUGCCUGUUUGUCACAGCACCACAACAACACCACACUGCCUGUUUUGU